AACAAGAAAAUGGCGAGCGCAGUAUCGUACGAGACGACAUCGGCGGUCCGCUGUCAGUUCUAGACGAUCGACGUCCGGCCCGUGCCUGUUGGGGUGCAGCAUCCCGACUAAAAUUCAUUUCCGAUCACAAACGGUGAUGAGAGCGUGCGCGUCGCUAGGAUAAAUUGAGUGGACGAACGUUCGCCGCCGAACACUUUGUAAAAUUGUAAAUAGUGACUUGUAUAGUUAGUGGUAAACAACUUGCGAAUAAUCACGGUCAACGACUAACGAAAAUUUGCUUAAAAUACCUAAUAAUACAUGUAAGUACAGUGUGCGUGCGUGCAACAAGGUGUGUGCUAUAAAAAAAAUCAUCAUCGCCGAAGAUACAGAGGGUGAAUGCGCCCGCGACUGUAAAUAACAAAAAUAACAAGCGACGUCGAUCGAAAUUUUCGCCCGGCAGUAGUGAUCGAAGAUCGAUUUGACGCGUGCGAAAAAAAAACGCAAACAACAAGGGAGAGAUAACACAUAGAUACGACGAGUGGAAAGCGUCGUGGGCUGGUGGAGAGCUGGGCGGAAAACAAGCAUCGACGGCGGGUGCUUGGGCAGCGAGUUUCGCACACGUUCCUGCGUCGCCCGGCAAAGGUUGGCAGGUUUCGGCGCUGCGCUGAUCCGCUCUCCGCGCUUGGCGUCUCAAUCGAGGCAGGCGAUCGGCCGUAUAAGGUGUGCGUUUCUGCGUGCGCGAUUUUCCGUUUUCGUUUUUCGUUCGCGCGCGUCCGCGGCGUGAGUGCGCGUCGCGUGUGUGUGUCCGCCGUGGUCGCGGUCCUCCACCCGCCGAGGGCAAAAACCGCAUACAUCGUUCGUUGACGAAUACGCACGCCGCGCUGCUGAUCGCCGCUCGCUGCGAAUUCGCACUUCAACAUAAGUACCGUGAGACCAAUGAAGUGGCUGGGCGGCGGCGAUGGAAGUGCUGUAGUACACCUGGAGAUGGAACGUGCACAGCGUUCCCAGGAUGAUGCAGCAGUAGGCUAUGAGUUCCAGCGACCGCCUGAUCCUGAAUUUCUUACAUUUGGCAACAAGCAGGCACGAUGGGCACUGGGAGAUGAAAGCAUUAUUGAUAAUUAUGACAAAUGGACGUUCCAGGUGAACAGCAAGCUGCCACAGGCGGGCGCGGGCCAGCCGAACAUGUCGUACAUGGGCAUGCCCACCGGACUGUACGACAUGGGCGCACAGAAUAAGAACAUUGCGCCGAAUCUCCACCAGCAGCAGCAGCAGCAACAGCACCACCUUCCGCUUCAGCACCAGCAGCAGCAACAGCAGCAACAACAACAGCAGCAGCAACAGGAUCAGUUGAUGUAUCCUAUGCCGGGGCAGAUGCCUAUGCACAAUCCAUACAUGCAGCAGCAGACGAUACACGCACAACCCCAGCCACAACAGAUCUCAAUGAGGCAGCAACAAGCUCAGAUUGCUCCAUCGGCUAAGAAAAUAUGGGGUUUAGAAGGAAAAGACGGAAAGAACCUGACACUUCAUCCGCUUACACAUGAGGGUGUUUGGCGGGAUCACACAUGGGCUCCAGAUCAUUCUGUUACUGCUCCACUUGGUUUGGGUCGCCGCGGUGGCUAUCCCGGUGGUGUCGGGGGCGGCGGCGAUGCGAGCAUACUAUCCCCACGCGGUAGCGACACGCAGCCCACAUUGGGCGUAAAGAUGGUUGAGUACGUGCUGGGUACAUCACCGACCAACAAGGAUAGCCUCGAACCUCGUAUGCGAGCACUACACCUGGACGAUAAGAACGAUAAGGAUAACAAGCCUGCUAGUCCAAAGGACGAUGGCGGUGGUGUGGUGGUAAACGGACAGGUCGCCGUGCAGAACGGACAAGUCGGGCAGAACGACGAGGACGGCAAGGGAUUUAACCGAACGCCCGGCAGCCGCCAACCGUCGCCGGCCGAAGAUGAUUUGAGUAAGAACGGCUUGCAGCUAGAGCAAGGCGUUGUGAUACUCAAGCCCGAUCAACUGCCACCGCAUCUGCAACAUCAGCAACACUUGCAACAACAUCUUGCACCGCAUCUCGGCGUUACCCUCGCCGAGUCGGUCAAUCAGCAGUUUGAGCAUUUUGGGGAUCAACCGCCACCGCCGUAUGAACAACAUCAGUACGCAGCGCCACCACCACCACAGCCUCACCAGGUCGACAGCGCCGUCUUGCAACAGCAGCAGCACAACUUCGACGUACAGCAAUUGUUUCGCUCGCAACAAACGCAAGCGACGACACCGAGCGCCGCCACGCAGCUGCAGCUUCUUCAACAACAACAGCAUCAAUACUUGGCGCAGCAGCAGCAGGCGGCCGCUUUCCCGCAGGCAGCUGGCCCAUACUUGGUAAACGCCCAGCAAGAUCCACAGUAUCUCAUCCCGGCGCCGCCAUAUUAUGGUGUUGCCCCGUGGGGCGUGUAUCCGGCAAACCUCAUCCAGCAGGGUGCAAGCAACGGCGCACGGAGACCACUUACGCCAAACGGCACCGCCGAGGCUCAGCAACAAGUACAGCCACAAGUACCUAGUGGUUACAUCCUUCCCUACUAUGAUCAGAACGCGGCUCCCAUCCUCAUGGCGCAGGGCGCUGCGAUGCGCAACGGCACACCGAUGCGACUCGUUUCGCCAGCGCCGGUGCUCGUCCAGCCGCAAACCUCCAGACAGACACCGGCCGCCGCCUCAUUGUACUCCAGCACACCACAGAACCUCUACGGUGCCAACGUGAACACCUCUGUCAACGGCACUACGCUUGGAGGUGUGGCCCAAGGUUCAGGUUUGUUCCCUACAUUGCACGCGCCCCCGUCUGCCCCAUUCGGCAGUUCCUCGCUUGGUACGAUUGGCUCUUCGGCCGCAACCACCACGUCUUUGCAUACAGGGCUCGGCCUGACGUCGACCACAACUGGCCGCCGCGACUCAUUUGAUCGCAACACGUCCGCGUUCUCGCCAUCGUUGGAGUACCGCCCGAAAUGGCCCGCUUCUUACGGUCUUGGCAGCAGCCCCAGUCCUCUGACGGGCUCCUUGACUCCGCCGCCCACAGCACCGCUACAGCUCGGCAACCUGGUGAAUUCGCGUGUGCUUUCCGCCGCGCCUGGCGCCGAGGCCAAGUAUCGCAACUCGGUAGCUUCUGGUCUCAGCUCCGCCACUACUAUGUUCGGCUCCAACAGCUCGCUCUUCACUAAGAUCAACUCGCUGAACACCACCGUGUCAAACGCAUUGGACAAAGGCCCACAGGGCAGAUCUCGCCUCCUUGAGGACUUCCGCAACAACCGCUUUCCGAAUCUGCAGCUUCGCGAUCUCGCGAAUCACAUCGUCGAGUUUUCGCAGGACCAGCACGGAUCGCGCUUUAUCCAGCAAAAAUUGGAGCGCGCCACCACUAACGAGAAACAGAUGGUUUUCAAUGAGAUCCUGUCGGCCGCCUACAACUUGAUGACGGACGUUUUUGGUAAUUACGUCAUCCAGAAGUUCUUCGAGUUUGGCACUGCUGAGCAAAAGACCACAUUAGCGCAAAAGGUGCGCGGACACGUAUUGCCUCUAGCACUACAAAUGUAUGGAUGUCGCGUCAUCCAGAAGGCCCUGGAAUCUAUUCCUGCUGAACAACAACAGGAAAUUGUGCGAGAAUUAGAUGGACACGUGCUGAAAUGUGUCAAGGACCAAAAUGGAAACCACGUGGUACAGAAGUGCAUCGAAUGUGUGGACCCGAAUGCGUUGCAGUUCAUCAUUCAGUCAUUUGCCGGGCAGGUGUACAGCUUGUCGACACAUCCGUACGGAUGCAGGGUGAUUCAGCGCAUCCUGGAGCACUGCACGCCUGAGCAAACUUCGCCCAUCCUUGCCGAGCUGCACACCCACACGGAUCAGCUUAUCCAGGACCAGUUUGGCAACUAUGUUAUUCAACAUGUGCUAGAACAUGGCAAACCGGAGGAUAAGUCUCAACUAAUUAACACCGUUCGCGGCAAGGUGCUGGUGCUGAGUCAGCACAAGUUCGCCAGCAAUGUUGUUGAGAAGUGUGUAACACAUGCAACCCGCAACGAGCGGGCUUUAUUAAUCGAUGAAGUCUGUGGCUUCAAUGAUAGCGCUCUCCACGUGAUGAUGAAGGAUCAGUACGCCAACUACGUCGUACAGAAGAUGAUCGAUGUGAGCGAACCAACGCAGCGCAAGGUGCUAAUGCACAAGAUCAGGCCGCACCUGAACUCGCUCCGCAAGUACACUUACGGCAAGCACAUCAUUGCUAAGCUGGAGAAGUUCUUCAUGAAGGCGCCCGGACCAUUGGGUAACAUCGGAGGUGAGCUGGGCCCAAUUGGCCCGCCGACGAACGGUGUCAUGUAAGCGGACGGCCUUUGCUUCCAACAGGACAUCGUCGUCGAACGACAGACCGAUUGCAAUGCGAUCGGAGAAAUGCUAAGGCUAAAACACACAUACACAAAGCGUAACUUUUAAGUUUUUUUUCUUUUUCCGACCAAUCGCAGUAUGUAUAACAAACACCGGAAGAAUGAGGGGCGACAAGGUUGUUGCUAGCAUUCUUGACGAUUCUACUGCAUGGAACCAGUAUUUCAUUUAUUUUUUAUCGUUUAUUGUAUUUUAGCAUGUUUUUUAUUACCCAUAUAGUAACAUUUAGGGCUUUAGGUUUAGUUUAGAAUGAUCAUGUAUUCGUAGAGUUAAUUUCGUUCAUCCCGAGCUUUCGGCUACACCCGGCACAGAUAUUAUAUGUGCAUUAAUCUUCGGUUUUGCAAAGCACACGUCAAUCUUGAAGCGUUCCUAUUGCAUUCUAGACCAAAUUUUGUAGAAAACAAAUUUCCGCUAUGCGAGGUAGCGCAAGAUGCGAUGUGAGUAUAAACAUUAAUAACAAAAUAAAAAUUGAUUUGAAUUGUGCGGCGUUGCACCACGGACGGCACUUUGGAAGUGGGAAAGCUGUUCAUUGGAACUUUUUCUUUUUUUCUCAAUAUUUCAUGACUGCGUGUUCAUUUAAGUAACGUGUACAUAUUAUUUUUAAAUUAUUUAUUGUGCAGGAUCAUUUCGAAUCUCUUCAGUACUUUUCGAACACUCCACACCGCCGAAACUUUAACCGAAAUAACAUGAAAUUUUACAAAAUGGAAAGACUAGAAAGACUAACUAGUACACGAAGUGAAAUUCAAAAUCGCAUGUAAAUAUUAGGAUAAAAAUCAUUUCUUUUUUCACCCGGUACGUUUUCUGGUACGUUCAAAAGCGAAUCAUUGACGAAAACACACACAGAUCAUCCUGACAUUAAUAAUUGUGAUAUCGAAUCCUCAGGAAUAGUUCUGACAACAAAACAAAACAAAAUGAAACAACAAAAGAAUACACAAUGCGCAUACAUUUGAAGCGAUUCAGAAUGUUCGCGAAACCGACCGCAUUUGUAUACACAACCAACCCAUACAAGACAUAUGCAUGCGCUGAAAAUUACUUUACUCGCGGCAACGAUUCAAAACUUUCAAUCUAAAUUAUGAUCACGUGAAACUAUCUGAUUGCGUUCAAUUGCAUUACGUUGAUUGGGUGGCGGCAUUCUCUCAUUGAUUUGAAAAUAUUUGCGUUCAUUGCUUUCAAAUCAAACCAAAUGUUAUAAUCAAAUAGUAGGCAACUUAUUGAGAAGCGAUUGCGACAAAUUGCGAUGUUCCGAUUCGUAGAUUAGUUUGAUUUGCAUGGAUGUUAAUUAGAAGGUCCAUCAAGAAUUUACUCUAUAUACUCGACUAUUUACCUAACUCUACUACUACUAAACUCUAAAAACACAUUUAUUACUAUCCCUAUUCGAAAACGUAAAUUCAAGUAACAAGUAAAUGCAUUAAACACACAACACGCGCGCGAUGUUUUUCUAGUGACUUUUAACGAUGAAAUAAUACAUGCUAUUUACUAAUGCAUAACCGAUGCGCGAUUUACACGAUCGAAGGAGUAAGAAGUAUUUGAAAUAUCUAAAACAUUGAAGCAUUGAAUUAUCUACCAAUUAGCGGAUACGAAAUAGCGAGUAGUGGACUUUUUGACUUAUUCAUUUUUGGCAGUCUUAGCGUAUAAUUAUAAACGUAUGUAACGAGUAUUCAGUCAAAGUAAACAACUUAACGUAAAUUCAAACUAAACUUUUUCCAAACUGCAAAAUGCAUACAUCAUUUGUUAGGUGCAUGAGUACACACACAUAUUAUUCAGCAACAAGUGAAGAACGAUGAAGCGUCACAGAGUAAAAUUUUAUUGAUCUGAAACUUGACAUGAUGUCAAAGACAUUCCAUUGAGUUUCAAUUGUCUGUGAAAUAAAACGGUAACAGUUGCAUUAAAUUUGAAUUGCAUUUGGAAAAUUUUACCAAAGCGCCGAUUUUCGACUCACAACUUGCAUCGACUGGCAAUUGCAUUUAUAAAUCUUUGAUGAGUAUCUUUCAACACGAAGGAAAUCUAUAAGUAUAAAUGGUCUAAGUGUAUAUUAUAUUGUAUACUUGUAUUAGAGAUUGUGUAUAGACGUUUCUGAGUUUCGACUUAUUCACGGUUUAGGUUGUCACCGUUCAUCUAUCAGAAAGAACCUGCAUUCGAUAAAGCACACACGCGACACAUUAAUAAAAACCAUUUUCGCAUUCACGAUAACUCAAUAAAACACGAUAAAACAGCAGCAAUUGAAACUAAAAAAAAAAGUAAUAGUGCAUCAAUUAUACCAGUGUGAUUAUUAUAACAGUACACAUUUUGAAUAUAGAAGGUGGAGCGUAUAAACAAGCGUCGUAUUUGGGCGCUUUGUUUUAGAACAGUUCGUGUUUCUUGUAAUAAUGCUGUAUGUCAAAAACAAAACAUUAAGACAAAAAACAUAUGUGUACAUAUUCUAGUGUCCCUUUAUUUGUAUUAUAUGUAAAAUAGUUUUGUUCAUAUUGCUAUUAAUUGUAAAACAAAUUAUUCUAUACACUAACAACAUUUCCAAACAGCUAACAUUAUCGAUAUAAAGAGAACACUUACAUUUAAAAUUAAAGAUUAACGCAAAACUAAGAAACACACGAGAAUACAAACCAUACAAGCAUUGAGAAGAAGUAAACGCGAACAUGAAAUCUCGUUGGCACUAUUGUUGAGACAAGUGCGAAUCAAAUGCGAAUGCGAGGGAUAAAUUUUAAACAAAAUAUUGAAUAAUAGCCAAUAUUGCGUCGCCGCGGUCGUCGUCCGCAAGUCGAAGCGCGCCCAUCAUCGUGAUAUGUAUAUAUGUUAUAACCGAUAUUAAAUUAAAUUGUAUUUAUAUAAAAAGAAAUGUUUCAUAGUUGUAUAAUCAUGUAAAAUAUAACCAUUUUGUACUUAGACGAAGGUAAACAAAAAGCAAAGGGAAAAUUGUUUAUAUAAUAUAAAAGAAAUCAUUCGCUAGACGCGACGAGCACGGUCACGUUUCGCCACGGAAGCCAGCCGGAAGUAAACAACGCGAAAAACACGAACGAAUUCCGAACACGAUGCCGCACGGUAUAUAGUUUAAAUAUAAUUGUAAUUACACUCACGAUCGAACCAUGUAUAUUAUGUAUUAAAGACACUCACACACACACGAACACGCGGAGGCGCAGAAUCACAGGGUUGUUGUAAUAAAUCAUCAAUUGUAAAUAACUUUGUGCCCCGGUGCUGGCGCGCCGGCAGAUUAUAUUUAUUAGAGGCAUCUAUUCGAACGGACGCGUUUCUAUUUUUUAAAUUUUACAAAGAUCGCAGAAAUAGUACGCCCCUCCCCCUGUAUAUUAAUUGAUUGUAAAGAGAUCGAACUAUCGAGAUGAAAAUUUAUAUUAAUGUUUCUAUAUUGUAUGUAAAGUAUAUAUUUUAAAUAAUUUAAUAUCGCGAUACGACAACGCCGCAGCAGCCGAAACAUGAAAAUGAAACAAACGCAAGAGAAAUUAUAUUGUCGAUAUAUUGUACAUUUUGUAAUUUUUGUGAAUAUUUGAUUGAUGAUAAGUUUUGCGUACUAACGAGCCGGGGUGAAGAGGUUUGCGGGACACACACGCGAGCUGGCGCGCACCGUGCUUCCGGUUUCCGUGCGAAAUGGCGUCCGUUGCUCUUGGCGCGCAUUUUCCGGGCGAUCGACGACGACUUGCGGACUUACCGAACGAAUUAAACGCGAACGCACCACAUAGGAGAAUCAUAACAGAAACGAUUUGGUGGGACGUAAAUGAAUGAAGGGAUGUAAUAAACGAAUUGUAAUAAUUGUAAUUGAAUAAUGAUAAUGUAAACGCUAAGUAAAGGAUAAGAGGCGCGGAAUGGAGGAUUCGAAGGAGGCUUGAAGGCAAGGAGACUUUCUCGGAAAUUCGUGGCUUGAGACUGAUGUAAAGUUAACUAAAAAAAAUAACACAUGAAGCUGUAAAGUGUAAAUUCUUCAUUUAUUCCGUUUUUACGAUUGACAAAACGCUAUCAAACAAACAAAACAAAAUUGUACACAGGCGAAACAUACAGACAUGAAAAUGGAAGACAUACAAACGUGAAACACAACCAACAACAAUAUAUUGUAUAAUUGUGUAAAAUAUCCUUGUAAAAUUUUAAUAAGCCGUUUGGAAAUACUAAUAUUAUAAACGAUAUGAUAAUGUAAUGUAAUUUAUAACUAUGAUUAAUUAACUUAGUAUCGAUAAAGAAGAUUGUAGACUAAUGAAUAAUAUUAAUAUUGUAUGUAUUUUGAGCGAUCUGGCUGUAACAAUUCAUAAACAAUAGCACGACACGAGAUAAACUAAAUACUUACUGACAUUACAAUUCUAGUGAGAUAGACACAGGAGAAAUGCAAGACGGAACAAUUACAAGACGCUCUAAGCAGGGGUUGCAACUGUCAUGAAGCGGGCUUUCGCUGAUGAAAACAAAAGCACGCAAAUGGCACGCACACCGACUGCUUGUAGACUUGUCAAUUUGUUUCCCGUUGAUUUGUUGCAUUAGUACUAGCUGGACGGGGAUCACACGCAAACUUAAAAAAAAAUGAUUCAAACAAAACGGCUCUCUCUUGUCCACUCGCAAAACUAGUUUUCAUUUGAUUUCUUUCGAGCAAACAAACAUGGUGGCUUUCAUGAAUGACAUAAUUGAUUUCAUUUUUUACGAGUAUUUAGUAUUUAUAGAAUUACAACUAAUUACGUUUAUGUAUUCUAUGUAUAAUAUUAUUAAAUAAUUACUUGCGAUCGAGAAGGCAGGCAGAAGCUAUGGUCUAGCGCGCUGCGAUCGGCAUAAUGACUGGCUUCUCGUUGUAUAAAUUCGUUUUAAUCGAUGUAUAUCUAAAUGAUUGUGAUUAUUUUUGCGAUGAGUACACAUCCCGCUCUAUAUUUUAUGAUGACUUUUAAUUUUUGCGUUUAGGGAGCGACUAUUGAAUAUAUUAUGAUUAUUUUACACAAUAUUGUAUUUGUACAUUGUUCACACACACACACACACACUACACAUGAAAAACUUGAUCGAGACAUGAAGCGGAAGGACGACACACGAUUUACUUUUUAGUUGUAUGUAAUAUUUUGUUCUCCUUAUUUUUACGGCGUUUCCGCGCUCGCGCGAGAUACAUUUUGCUAAUUUUUUUUGAAUGAAUAAAUAAAAGCUGUACUCGUACAUAAAAUAAAUUGAUUGGUUUUUUCAUGAGCUCCGCCAUCUUGUCCACACACAAAACACACAACUAAUCCACAUUCACGGCUGUACAUUCAAAUGAAUUCAACUAAAUUAAUCGAAAAAUAAAUUAUAUACAUAUAUAAAUACAAUUGAGACAAAACAAACGCUAAUCUUUGAAUAUAAACAAGUGUAUAAUUUAUUUCUGUAUAAUGGAUAUAAGCAAGCAAAGUAAAUGCGACGACUUGGUCGCGUAAUUUUAAUGUAUAACUUCUGUAAUAAUAUGUAUAACAUUUCUGUAAUAUUUUAAAUUCUGGAAUGCAUGUUAGGUUUACAAUAUAAACAAAUUAUUAAAUUAAUAAAAA